CGGAGCUCCUGCAGGACAAUGUGAGACACCGAGAGUUUAUCCAACGCAGUUAGCGAGCAGCCAGCCGGGAUGGAAGCGGGCACGGUGUAAUGCGAACCGGAGCCGAACAUCGACCUGAAUAUUCUGGGAAAUCCGCUUUUUUUUUAGCCAAGGUAGCGGCCGCAGCAAUGGGAAUACUCCGCUGAGGAGCCGCCGCGGCUGGGCCGAGAAUCGGGAGAAAGAUGGGUGUCGCGCUGCGGAGUCUGUUGUUGUGUAGUUUUUGUUUUCUCAUACGAGGUGAGCCUCUAUUACUAUAUGCGAAUAGGCGAGAUCUUCGGCUCGUGGAUGCGGCGCAUGAGAAGGCUAACGCCACAGUGGUGGUUGGAGGGUUGGAGGACGCCGCAGCUGUGGACUACGUCUUCUCCAAGGGCCUCAUCUACUGGAGUGAUGUGAGCGAGGAGGCCAUCAAACGCACCUUCUUCAACCAGUCGGGGGCUAGCGCAGUGGAGACGGUGGUUUCGGGUCUGGCCUCCCCAGAUGGACUGGCGUGCGAUUGGUUAGGGAGUAAACUUUACUGGACAGACUCAGAAACCAAUCGGAUUGAAGUGGCUGAGCUGGACGGAUCGUUGAGGAAGGUUCUGUUCUGGCAGGAGCUGGACCAGCCGAGAGCCAUCGCCCUGGAUCCAGAACGAGGCUUCAUGUACUGGACGGACUGGGGCGAGAUCCCAAAGAUUGAGCGGGCGGGGAUGGACGGGACAAAUCGCUCCAUGAUCAUCGAUAAAGAGAUCUACUGGCCCAACGGGUUGACGCUGGACUACAGCCAGCAGAAACUGUACUGGGCCGACGCCAAGCACAGCUUCAUCCACCGCUCCAACCUGGACGGCUCCUUCAGGGAGGUGGUGGUUAAAGGUGAGCUGCCUCACCCGUUUGCCCUCACUCUGUUUGAGGACACGCUCUUCUGGACGGACUGGACCACCCACUCCAUCCACUCAUGCAGGAAGCAGACGGGAGGUGGCCAGCGUGUCGUCCACUCCAACAUCUUCUCUCCCAUGGACAUCCACGUCUUCAGCACCAAGAGACAACCCACCGCAGUGAACACUCCUUGCUCCCUGAACAAUGGAGGAUGCUCCCACCUCUGCCUCCUCUCACCUGUCAGGCCUUUCUAUCGCUGUGCCUGCCCCACCGGGGUCCAACUGCUGGAGGACGGCAAGACCUGCAGAGACGGUGCGACGGAGAUGCUGCUGCUGGCCCGGCGAACCGACCUGAGGCGAAUCUCUCUUGACAUGCCAGACUUCACUGACAUCAUCCUGCAGGUGGACAACAUCCGUCACGCCAUUGCCAUCGAUUAUGACCCGGUGGAGGGAUAUGUCUACUGGACCGAUGACGAUGUGAAGGCCAUCCGCCGCUCCCUUCUGGAUGGCAGCGACGCUCAGUUCGUGGUCACAUCUCAGGUGGACCACCCUGACGGCAUCGCCGUCGACUGGAUCGCCCGGAACCUCUACUGGACCGACACUGGGACCGACCGCAUCGAGGUGACCCGGCUCAAUGGUACCAUGCGCAAGAUCCUGAUCUCCGAGGACCUGGAUGAGCCCAGAGCCAUCGUUCUAGACCCCGUGGCUGGGUACAUGUACUGGACCGACUGGGGUGAUGUGCCGAAGAUCGAGCGGGCCGACCUCGAUGGGAUGGAGAGAGUGGUGAUGGUGAACACGUCUUUGGGUUGGCCCAACGGCCUCGCACUCGACUACGAAGAACGCAAAAUCUACUGGGGAGACGCCAAGACGGACAAGAUCGAGGUGAUGAACAUGGAUGGGACUGGGCGACGGGUGCUGGUGGAGGACAAGCUUCCUCACAUCUUUGGCUUCACCCUGCUUGGAGACUACAUCUAUUGGACAGACUGGCAGCGGCGCAGCAUCGAGCGCGUGCACAAACGCACCGCAGUGAGAGAAUUCAUCAUCGACCAGCUACCCGACCUCAUGGGCCUCAAGGCCACGAAUGUACAUGAAGCCUUUGGUACGAACCCGUGUGCGGAUGAUAAUGGCGGCUGCAGUCACCUCUGUCUGUACAAGCCUCAGGGCGUGCAGUGUGGCUGUCCCAUCGGCCUGGAGCUUAUUGCCGACAUGAAGACCUGCAUCGUCCCCGAGGCCUUCCUGCUCUUCUCUCGUCACACAGACAUCCGCCGGAUCUCCCUGGAAACCAACAGCAACAAUGUGGCCAUCCCGCUCACUGGUGUCAAGGAGGCUUCAGCACUCGACUUUGACGUCACCGACAAUCGCAUCUACUGGACCGACAUCACUCUGAAGACCAUCAGCCGGGCCUUCAUGAACGGCAGCGCUCUGGAGCAUGUGGUGGAGUUUGGUCUGGAUUAUCCGGAGGGGAUGGCGGUGGACUGGCUGGGGAAGAACCUGUACUGGGCUGACACUGGCACGAACCGCAUCGAGGUAGCCAAACUGGACGGGCAGCACCGGCAGGUUCUGGUCUGGAAGGAUCUGGACAGUCCCCGAGCUCUGGCUCUGGAUCCGGCCGAAGGGUACAUGUACUGGACAGAGUGGGGCGGGAAGCCGAAGAUCGACCGAGCGGCCAUGGACGGGACGGGACGGAUCACGCUGGUGGCCGACGUGGGACGAGCUAACGGACUCACCAUUGACUACGCAGAGCGCCGCCUGUACUGGACUGACCUGGACACAACGCUGAUCGAGUCCUCCAACAUGCUGGGUCUCGACCGUGAGGUGAUUGCCGACGACCUCCCUCACCCGUUCGGUCUCACCCAGUAUCAAGACUACAUCUAUUGGACGGACUGGAGCCAGCGCAGCAUUGAGCGUGCCAACAAGACCAGCGGGCAGAACCGCACCGUCAUCCAAGGUCACCUGGAUUACGUCAUGGACAUCCUGGUGUUUCACUCGUCCAGACAGGGUGGCUGGAACGCCUGUGCCUCCACCAACGGUCACUGCUCCCACCUCUGCCUUGCUGUCCCUGUCAGCAGCUUCGUCUGUGGCUGCCCCGCCCACUUCUCCCUCAACUAUGACAACAAGACCUGCAGUGCUCCCACAUCCUUCCUGCUCUUCAGCCAGAAGACAGCGAUCAACCGCAUGGUGAUUGACGAGCAGCAGAGCCCCGACAUCAUCCUGCCCAUCCACAACCUGAGAAACGUCCGCGCCAUCGACUACGACCCACUGGACAAGCAGCUGUACUGGAUCGACUCCAAGCAAAAUGUCAUCCGCCGUGCUCAGGAGGACGGGAACCAGAGCAUGACAGUGGUGUCGGGCUCGCUGGGCGGACACAGUCAGGGUCUGCAGCUGUACGAUCUCAGCAUCGACAUCUACAGCCGCUUCAUCUACUGGACCAGCGAGGUCACCAACGUCAUCAACGUCACCCGCAUCGAUGGCAGUAGAGUCGGUGUGGUGCUGCGGGGGGAGCACGACAAGCCGCGGGCCAUUGUCGUCAACCCGGAGAGAGGGUACAUGUACUUCACCAAUCUAAUGGAGCGCUCCCCGAAGAUCGAGCGGGCGGCGCUGGACGGUACAGAGCGUGAGGUGCUCUUCUUCAGCGGCCUGGGGAAGCCCGUCGCUUUGGCCAUUGAUAACGAGGUGGGGAAGCUGUUUUGGGUCGACUCAGACCUGCGGCGCAUCGAGAGCAGUGACCUCUCGGGAGCCAAUCGCAUCGUGAUUGCGGACUCGAACAUCCUGCAGCCCGUGGGCCUGACUGUUUUCGGGAACCACUUGUACUGGAUCGACAAACAGCAGCAGAUGAUCGAACGCAUCGACAAGACGACGAGGGAGGGACGGACCAAGAUCCAGGCCCGCAUCGCCUACCUAAGUGACAUCCACGCAGUCCACGAGCUCGACAUGAGGGAGUACAGUAAACAUCCGUGUACGUGGGAGAACGGCGGCUGCUCCCACAUCUGCAUCGUGAAAGGAGAUGGGACGACGCGCUGCUCAUGUCCUGUUCACCUGGUGCUGCUGCCCGACGAGCUUUCAUGUGGAGAGCCGCCCACCUGUUCGCCGGAGCAGUUCUCCUGCACGUCGGGCGAGGUAGACUGCAUCCCGCAGGCCUGGCGCUGCGAUGGUUAUGCCGAGUGCGACGACGGCAGCGAUGAGGAGGACUGUCCGGUCUGCUCCGACUCAGAGUUCCAGUGCGAUAGCCGGCAGUGCAUCGAACUGAGCCUUCGCUGCAAUGGAGAGAUCAACUGCCAGGACAAAUCUGACGAGAACAAGUGUGAAGGUGAGCCGGUUCGGUGUCCCGCCGAUCAGUUCACCUGCUUCAACGGCCAGUGUAUUGGGAAGCACAAGAAGUGCGACCACAACAUGGACUGCAUGGACAACUCAGACGAGACGGGCUGCUAUCCAACUGAGGAGCCACCGCCGCCUCCUCACAACACCAUCGGCUCCAUCGUGGCCGUGGUCAUGGCAUUGUUUGUGGUGGGCGCCAUCUACUUUGUGUGUCAGAGGGUCCUCUGUCCUCAGAUGAAGGACGACGGCGAGACGGUCACCAACGACUUCGUGGUUCACGGGCCGUCGUCUGUGCCGCUGGGAUACGUGCCGCAUCCGAGCUCACUGUCCAGCUCGCUGCCAGGUAUGUCCAGGGGGAAGUCUGUGAUUGGCUCCCUCAGUAUCAUGGGUGGGAGCAGCGGCCCGCCCUAUGAUCGCGCUCACGUCACCGGGGCUUCAUCCAGCAGCUCAUCCAGCACAAAGGGAACGUACUUCCCACCGAUCCUGAACCCUCCUCCGUCUCCUGCCACGGUCCGCUCCCAGUACACCGUGGAGUUCGGCUACUCCUCCAACAGCCCCUCCACGCACAGAUCCUACAGCUACCGGCCCUACACCUACCGCCACUUUGCCCCUCCCACCACCCCCUGCAGCACUGACGUGUGCGACAGCGACUACACUCCGGGACGCCGGGCGCCGCUCAAGUCCAGCGCCGCCGCCAAGGGCUACACCAGCGACCUCAACUACGACUCAGAGCCUUUCCCGCCACCGCCGACGCCCCGCAGCCAGUACCUGUCGGCGGAGGAGAACUGUGAGAGCUGCCCGCCGUCGCCUUACACCGAGCGCAGCUACUCCCAUCACCUCUAUCCGCCGCCACCGUCGCCCUGCACGGACUCCUCGUGAGCCAAAUCCCCUGUGAUCCCCCACCCCCUCCUCACAGCUCCGCCCCCUCACUGUAAAUAGCAAUUGUGCAUAUAUGAGGUAAAAAACGGGAAAGAGAGACUGAUGUAACAGGAGGAGCGAGAUGCAGGACGAAAAAGGGAAAAGUGAACCGGGAGCUGCAGAACAUUUGUACAUUGAAAAGAGAAAAGCAUAUUUAUAUAUUUUCUAUACAGUGUUUACUGAUAAUGCCAUAGAGGUUUGUAUUAAGAAAUUUGUACAUUUUUUAUGAAAAGGUUUUAUUAAAAUCAUCACAAAUAUAAGUUGCCUUAAACCAGGAGAAAAGAGGCUGAAGGACACAAAGCACACAAAUCAAUGGGACGUUUAACUUAUGAUGCCAAAUAUAAAAAACAUCGACAGCUACAGGGACGAGAAGAGCUCUGCCCGGAGGCUCCUCCCAUCGCCGCGCUGCUCUGUAGUUACCAUGUAAACUGGAUGAGGAGCGGCUGGAGAGAAUGUGGUACUGGGUCUUUGAUUUGAACUUACCUCUCCUUCUUUUACUGAACGGUUCGUCUGUGUGGGUGUGAGUCAUGUGCUGGAUCGCGAAUCCAGGACACUCUGUCUGAGCAAUAAGGCACAUAUUUACCAAUAAAUCAAACCAGAAGCCACUCUGAGUAUCGACGACGCUGCAGGGGUUCAAACAACUGUGGUCCAGUCUCUGAGAGCCCCAGAGACGACACGAGCGUGGAUUUUUUUUUUCUGUUUUGUUUGUUUGUUUGUUUUUUGCCCUUUGGCUAUGUUUCUGUUUGUCACAAGGAACUUUUUUUUUUUUAAGUAUCAAACACUGCAGAGAGUUUUGGCACAAACUCUAACGCACUGCAAAGUACUGCAUGAGGCCAAAUACAAGCUUCAAUGGGAAAACUACAGUCAUGACAAGGAUUUGACUUGGAUGUCCUUGUGAGUUACUGCAGCUCCAUAUUUGCCCUCCACAAACUACACGGACACCGCAGCGCAAUACCUGCUAUAUUUUGCGCUCUGCAAACUUCGUGUAAGGUUCUGCAUAUUAUAUUCAGCAAAUUUCAGCUCCACGGCUCUCACUGCAAACUGCUUGGUGCUGCACCAUUAACUACAUGCAGUGCAUUGUAAACUACAGGUGUGAGCCCCUGUUACAUUUUAUUUAUAACACACUUCCACUGGCACCUGUGCUCACACUGACCUCCACGCAGUGCUUGACAAAAAAAAUAAUCUUUUUUUUCUUUUCUUUUUUUUUCUUAUUUUCACGUGUGCGCUCGUGUCUCUCCGGAGCCUCUGUAGACACGACACAAACGCGUUGAGGCAGCAUGACUCACAUCCUCAAACCCCUCCGUUGAUGUUCAGACAGGAUUUAAACCAAAACGUACGCUUGUGUUUUAUGUUCUCAUCGAAACGUUCUCAUGCCCGACUGCAACUGACGCGAGCCAAAGCUGCACAGUGGACGCAGGAGGCGCUCUUCAGUUUCCACUUCUGUUUUGUUUUUUUUGUUGUGUUUUUUUCCUCACGUGUGGAGGAAGCAGCGUUCCCCUUCAAGAACACGAUGUUGUGCCUGACCAGCUUCAUAUCCUUUUUUUUUUUUUUUUUUUUAUGUUGUUGUUACUUUGAGGAAAAACACACAAAUGAAAUCCAGUGCCCACUAAAUGCUAUAUAGUAUUUUUGUACCACAUAUUGUGUAGAUAACGUAUUUAUAAGCUAUAUAGAAAAUCAUUGUAAAUCUAUCCAUUGAAUUCUUGCAGUACUUUUCAUUCCGUCUUUUUUUAUAUUGCCUCAUUAUAUUUUUCUACAGAAAAUCACUCCAAACUUACGGUGACAAUCUCCCAUCAGUCCAGUCGAAGAACAUAUCCAGGUUUUCUUGUCUGUUUAAAGUUGCUCUGAUGUUUGAAGGACUGUUGUGCCAAAUCUUUUUUUUUUUUUUUUUUUUUUUUUUUUUCUCUGUCAAACAACGUGGAGGCAGAUGUUGGGACCAGAGGAGAAACAUGAGACGCUUGCAUCUGUUAGUCUAUUCGUGUCUUUGCGCUCUGAGUUAACUUCAAUCUUUUUUUCAUGAAUCGUCAGAGAAGUUUUGUUUCCCUUCCUGCUUUUGAGGGAGAUGAAUAACACCAGCAUGAAUUUGAAGACAAUCUGAUGUUUUACACAUAUUUUUUUUUUUAGUGUCUGUCUUUAAGACAUUUUUCUGGCUUUUUAUUCACCUUAUUGUCGUCAGGAUCCACAUACAGGGUGCAAGUGAAAACGUGACAUUUUAACAUUUUAAUCAGAACCCCAAACCACUGGCAAGCAGAAACUUCAGUUCGUCUUGAUACUUUUUUGCUUGAUAAUUGUUUUGUGUUGUCCCCCCCC